CAUUUACCCGGUACAUGAACCCUGAAGCCUUACAGGGAUUACUGGCAUCAUCACGUCUCUGGCCAGGACAGCUGGAAACAAGAGUCCAAGUGAACUUAGAUUUCGGAGCUACUGCUUGGUAUCGACGUGCCCGCUGCACCCAUGAAGAAACCCAUAUGACCCUCACUUUCUUUUAGACCACGCAACCGACCUCCUCAUCAGAUGGGCCAUGGUCCCGAGGAAGCUAAAGUAGUCGUUACUUACGGAUAGGUGCCAUGUCUUCAUCCACGAUCAGGAACCGCAAAGAUGGGUCUGCCAUAUCCGAAGCCGACGCAACGACAUCGUCCACGUCUCUCGGCCGAGGAAGCGACAUUGAUAUAACAAGUACAGCUACGGCCACCGCCGAGACAGAGCCCAUCGCGCCCAGCCCUGACUCGACGUCAACGGAAACGGCGAAACGCAAGCCUCCACCUCCCGAACAACCAUCACACAUUUUCCGACGCUCGCUCAUAAUAGCAUCGUUCUGGCUCGUUGUUCUAUGUCUGGGGGUACCGAUAUGGUGGAAAACGACUACCAUCUACCGGGCUAACCUGCCCUUGGACCAGAUGAUGAGCUGGGCUGAUGGAAAGUCCUGUAGCCCGAUACUUCCUAUUCAAGUCGCUAUCGCAUCUCCCGAUUUGAAGGAACAAGAAGCUGAGGAUUUGAUCUCCGUUACACAACGCAAUCUUGAUGAGAUAUCUGGUCUUCCUAGUCUCCAGCUACGACUCGAGUCAGCCGCUCAAACCUCGUUAGAAGACACUCCAGAAUCGCAUGGUGCCCAUAAUAUCCCGCUUGUUUUACGUUUACUUCAGGGCAAUGAUACCGUGUCUGUACCGACGUCGUCUCUUGAUACGCUUUUUCCUAUCCUCGAAAUUACAUACCCACCUAGCUUGAGGCCUACUUCGGAGACCACGUCGUCAAGACUCGCGAAGUACAUCGCCGCCCAAAUUCACGAUACCUUUGCCGAAGAGCAAUCUAUCUUGUCUUAUUUUCUUGCGACAUCAACUAUAUCUGCGGACCGGCAACAACAUGGCUCUCAGUACGGGCUCGACGAGUCAUUCUCGAAACGAAUGACGCGCUCAAUGAAAUAUUCAGGCACAUACCAUCUCACCUUCUCUCUGUUCACUAGUGGCUCAAGUCCCAGUAGCUGGGAUAUUGAUUCCGCCAUCAAUCAGUAUAUGAAACCAGUGUUAGAUAUGCUGAAACCCAUUCACAAUUUUACCAUCGAUACCCAGGUACAGUUAUAUGCUGUACCAGGCGUUCAGUCACAGGUUCUGACAAAAGAGGAUCUAUCGUCUUUUAUCAAUGCCGCCGAAUGGCCGCUAUCCCCAUCGAUAGGAGGAGCGCCGACAAUCAACUUCGCUAUAUAUAUAGGUAAUCAGACUAUUAGUCUAAACUUAGCGGAGGAGACGACAUCUCAGUCAUGGCUGGUCCCUCAAUGGGGCUCCGUUUACCUGCUCUCUCCGCCCGCUGCAACUCACGUACCUGCAGAGUUCCUUAAACAACCUGUUCUGACAUUUGCGUCACAUCUCCUAUCACUCCUGGGUACUCCGCAGUCAGGUUCAUUACCGAUGCGACUAUCGACGCUUACGCGUGUUAGAUCAGUAGACAUGCUCCUUCGUGCAUCGUCAUCACUGGGAUCUCUCGCUCGCCUGUCGUUGGCUCUGCCUAGUAUCUCGAUUCCAUCGAGUGUAGCAGAGGGUGUUGCCAAGUCUAUACACCAUCUCGAACUAGCAUGCUCUACUCUGGGAAGUACAGAGAGCCUCAAACACGCGCGCAUUGCCGAAACAGAAGCUGAACGAGCAUUCUUCGAGAAGAGUAUGGUCGGUCAGCUGUAUUUCCCCGACGAACAUAAAAUCGCUGUCUAUCUACCUCUGCUUGGCCCCGUGGGCGUUCCUUUGCUAAUGGGCCUGAUAACGGAGCUCAAGGCUUGGAAGACAAGGAGACAACAAAAGGCGUGAUUGUACAUGCUUGGCCAUUCAAGCAUCUGAGUUCAUAAUACAAUAUAAUUCAUAAUGAACAAUGAAUUGUGACAUUGCAAAGUGUGAUCUGAUUCCCAGUACACGGUUUCAUAUUCAUAGGUACAUGAUCGACAUCGUAUACUCAUCCGACAAUGACUUGAGCUCUAGAAUGACAUCGAGGCAGCUGUUACACAUACAUAUAUCAAUAUGUUGAAAAUGAUUCCAUUAGCUCUACAGCCAGCUCGCCGGGUGUGAGGAGACC